CCGCGCUUGCCCGAGCACCGAGCUAAAGUGUAUUUCGACAAUCUUUCGACGAAUUCCUCGAAACUCCCCCAAUCAAGCUCAAUGCUUAAAGACUCAUCAGCUUCGCUCUCAACAGACUUUGACCUAGACAGAUCGACAGAGCCAUGCCUGCUUUCCGCCGAGGAGGAGGUAACAUCCCGCGAGGUGGUAGAGGUGGAGCUAGGGGCGGUGCUCGUGCUGCUCGAGGUGGUCCUCGCCUCCCCUUCACGUUGACCGAAGAACUGGGUCUGCCAUCUCAGAAGAAGAAGGAAUACUCUCGACCAUAUGAUAGGCAGGAAGAAGGGCGGUUCGACAAGAGAUCGCAAAACGGGUCAAGACCGACAUUCGAUGGUGCUACAAAACGACCUUCUCCCUCUGACCGGGAGCUCGAACGACCAGCAAAGAAACUGAAAGAGCAUGUCAAGCCGGCCGUAACGAGGGAUCCUCCUCCCAAACAAGCUGUUGCAAGCUCGGACGAGAUUUUCAUUCCGGCUCCUCGAAGUAGCGCAUCUGGAGAGAGGAAGAAGAUUACCGCUUCUACCUCGACUCCCCUGUCAAGGAUGCUUGCAUCACAAAAGGGAGGGAACAAAAAUGUUGCAGCCGAAUUUGAAGAAGACGAGGAUGAUGCCGUCGAGAGCGAAGCGGAGGAGCCGAGAUCCAAGCGGGCGGCUUCGGAUGACAAGGGCAAAAAGUACAAAAAGACCGCCGUAGUAUCCGAUGCUCCUCUGGACCCGUCUAUCAUGGAUUCUGCGUUUGGAUCUGGGCGGGGAAAGAAGGCUGAGCGGGAUGAAGAACAGGAGAUCGCCUGGUUGGAGUGGAAGCUGGGCAAGAAAGGGGCCAAAAAGCCAACCGAAGAUGGUGACGAGAGUGACGGCCUAGAUGAUCUACUCAACUUUGCAGAUUCUGUGGCAUUCGGCAAAUCAUCCAAAUCCAAAGGCAAAGGCAAAGGCAAAGAAGUUGUCUCUGCAUUCGAUUCGGAAAACGAUGACAUGGAUGGGUUACUUGACAUGGAAGAUGACGAGGAAUCGAUGGUGUCGUUCGGGUCUGGUCAAGAGGAUAUGGCGGAAGAGGAAGACGACUUCAUCAGCGACGACGGGGAUGUGGAUGAGGAGGACGAUCUGGAUGAUUCAAUGGAAGAGGACGAUGAUCUGGCUCAAUUUUUGACUGAAGAUGAAGAUGAGGAAAGCGAGGACGACGAGUUGAGACGGAAUACCGAAGAAAAUGCUCGAACAGCCAACUCGGAACCAGGGACGAAAGCUGUUGAUGCGCCCGCGCCUGCACCCGUCUCCCCUGCUCCUACAACUGGAAAAUAUGUUCCACCUUCGCUGCGAAAGUUACAGCAGCAAGCAACGGCAGAGGCAUCUCCAUCGAGUGAUAUCUCAGCGACGGCAAUCAAGACCAUGGAACAACAGCCCAAGACGGAACAGCAAAUCAAGCUGGAACGGAAAACUCAGGGUCUGUUGAACAAGCUCAGCGAGGCCAAUAUCGAGUCUAUCCUGGCUGAAGUGGAGGGUCUGUAUAGAGAAUGGAGCAGGAACGAGGUCACGACGACCUUGACUGACAUGAUCAUCAAGAUCAUCUCGGAUAGGGCCAAUUUGCUCGACUCGUUCGUGAUCCUCUACGCGACAUUUGUCGCGGCUCUCUACAAGCUCAAAGGGGCGGAUCUGGGCGGUCAAUUUCUACAGACCGCUGUCAACCGCUAUUCGACAACUAAGGACGCGGCCAUGCUACAUUCGAAUCACAAAGGAGAUGAUGCGGAAUCACCAGAAGAUCCCGGCAAGCAGCCUUUGAACAUCCUGACGCUCAUCUCGGAGCUGUACAAUUUCCAGGUCGUUAGCUGUCUCUUGAUCUACGAUCUGAUCAAGGGGUUCAUCGAUGACUUGGGGACGAGCGGCCCCAAGGGAGAGUUUGCUGUCGAGGGCGUAUUGCGGGUGCUACGAUGCUCAGGACCGCAACUGCGAUCAGACGACCCGGCAGCUUUGAGAGACAUCGUUACGCUCGUCCAGGACAAGGUGUCAGGGCAGGAGAGCAAGCUUAGCGCCCGAGCCAAGUUCAUGAUCGAGACUUUGACCAAUAUCAAGAACAACAAGGUCAAAAAUCUACCCGGAGGUCAGGGACAGGUGGCCUCCGAGACGACGACUAAGAUGAAGAAGUUCUUAGGUGGUUUGAGCAGGAAAAGGCAGGUCAUGGCGCACGAACCCCUUCGCGUCACGUUGAACGACAUUUUGACGGCGUCUACGAAAGGUAAAUGGUGGAUUGUGGGUGCCGCCUGGGCAGGGGACCCCGUCCGAGAACGGGAACGCGAGCGAGCGCGACAGGUCGCCUUGAAACAAGCUUCCGAGGGCAAGCAAGCCGGUUCCAAGCGAGAGGCGGACGAGGAUGGGGACGACGAGACGGACUUGAUUGGGUUGGGAGUUGGACAACAGGACGAGUUGUUACGGUUGGCGAGAAAGCAAGGGAUGAACACGGAUGUCAGGAGGCAGGUGUUCAUGGUGAUGAUGACGAGCGAUGACUUUAGGCAUGCGUGCGACCGUCUCGCCUCUCUCAAGUUCACCGAAGUCCAACAACGAGAAUUUAUCCGGGUCGCCCUGCACUGUCUCGCCAUCGAACCCAAUUACAACCCAUACUACGCCCUUCUCCUCUCCCACCUGACAUCCACCUCGUACUCCCAUCGCUUCACCUUGCAAUAUGCGCUCUGGGAUUUCUUACGGGAUCUAGGGCAGGACGAAGUCGGAGGGGAAGGGACUAGGGGGGAUGUGAGGGGUACGAGCGGGUUUGCAGGGUUGGACGAGGGCAAAGGGGGGAAAGCGUUGGGGAAGGUCAAGAGGGUGGGAAUGGGUUUGGGAUGGGUCAUCAGUCAGGGUGGAGUGGAUUUGACCGUCUUCAAGCCCGUGGAUCUCACCUCGCUCCAACCGGCGUCCAAAGUCUUCUUCAGGACGAUGUUCUCUUACCUGGUCCUAGGCCUUUACACUCGUUCGCCCGGGUUUACGUUGACUGCCAAACAACGGGCCAAGCGGGUGGCAUCAACAUCAACAUCGAAUACGACUAAGACGCAGGGACAGAGGUUGAUGCUGAGUGAAGAUGAAAAGGAGACGAUAGAGGCCAUUUUCGUCAAGACCAUCUCUGCUGGGGGGAUGGAGUUGGCACAGGGGACGAGAUACCUGUUGACCCGUGAGAUGGGCAUCACCGCCGGUUCAUCACAGCAAGGGAGGGACGAAGCCACGGGCAAGAAUAAGAGCAAGAACAAGGCGAGCGUGAAUUUGGGGACGAGUCGACGGUUCGGGAAGUUGAUGGACGAUCUGGAGGUCGAGGAUGAGGGGUAUAGGGGGAUCGUCUGGGAGGGACUUGGGGUUGCGGAGGAGGUCUUGGGGAAGAUGAUGUAGACAGACAGAGCGAGUGCCCGGGAUAUAAUGGAUUAUAUGUGCAGGGGG